AUGUUAACACCCUCUGAAACUUUAAUCAUUUAUAAUCCUUUACAAACCCCAAAUACAAACAAUAACACUGGUGUGGCUGUUGUAAUUGUUUCUUAUAAUGCUGAUGAAAUUCAAUCUUUAAAUUGCUUGCUAAUUGAAAAAGUUAGAAACCCAGUUGUAAGAAAAGGCAAAGGUGCUCCAUCAAGAAAAGAGAAAAGGAAAAGCUCUAUUGAAACAUCACAAAAAUCACAGACUAAAAAAUCAAAAGACCAAGCAUGGAGAAGGUUAGCCACGAAAAACAAGGUUGCCCAGACAGCUGGCUAUAAUUUGCCAACCCAUAAAGAAAAGAGAAGCAUUGAGGAGUUAUUGAAAAAGCAUGGAAAGUUUGCUUAUUUGACCAGCAAACCUUUGGGUAGAUAUUACCUGUCUACUUUGGAUUUAGAUUUGCGAAAGGUUGAAUUUCCAGAGAAGUUGGUGCAAAAAACCACCAAAAUUGAUUUUUUUGGAUAA